UGAGUGAACCCGCUCGACUGACAACAAGUAAGGAGCAAAACAUAACAAAGAAUCAGUCAGUCACAAUUCCUCAUUGAGGACACACGCUUUCGUUAUUCCUUGCUCAGAAUUACAUUUAUUAAAAUAAACUUUUAUAUUAAUUACCAGGAAAAAUUACUUGGCAAACGUGCGGAAAUAGUAAAUAAUAUUUGAAAAAUUGUGGUAGAAAAUUUAAGAGUCCACCAUGUUCUCAACAAAGAAGGGUGCAGAAAAAUUUCUGCAAUUCUACAAGAAUGAGCUGCGUCGGCACAUUAGCAAGACUACUAGUGUCACCAACUCUGAUUCAAUGGCACCUAGGCUGGACCAGCAGAACAUCAAGUCCACGCAGAAUGAAGAAACGGGUCCGAAGAGGUUGCUGAAGUUGCAGAAAUAUCACAGAUUCCUGUCGACCCUCACACCUCAGCAAAUGCCACUGGCUGCCCGUGGACUGGCCGUCUCCAAAGACCAGUCCCGGGAGUUCAUGGCUUGCUUCCCGGACAUCGUGAGGGACCUGACUGAAACUGGCAAGCAUAUUGACGUGCCCGAAGCCAGCAAGUGGUUGGCCAAGCUUCUGCAAUACAACGUUCCAAAUGGAAAGAAAAAUCGGGGUCUAGCAACUGUACUCGCUUACAAAAUGAUGGAGAAACAAGAGAAGUUGACACCAGAGAACAUUCAUUUGGCCAAUAUAAUGGGAUGGUGCGCUGAAAUGUUCCACACCCACCAACUUAUAUUAAACGAUAUAAUGGAGGGAACGGAAAUGCGUCGUGGAGUGCCCUGCUGGUAUCGUCAACCGAACGUCGGCAUCGGUGGCAUCAACGACGCUACUCUCAUACAAUCUGCUAUGUUUUCGACUCUCAAACGCCACUUUUCGAACAAACCCUACUACAAGAAUGUCCUGGAAAUGUUCAAUGAGAUGCUGUUAAAAUGCGCAAUCGGUCAACACAUGAUGAGCGUAUUGACGAAAACAGAUAAACCAGACCUGUCACUGUUCACAAUGGAGAAAUACGAAGUUCUCACAAAGUACAGGACAUCGUACUAUACAUUCCAAAUGCCGGUUGGCUUGGCUCUCCUCAUGACAGGGGUUGAUGACCCUGAAACCCAUAGACAAGCAAAGACAAUCUUAUUGGAAAUGGGAGAGUUCUUCCAAAUUCAAGAUGAUUUCCUUGACUGCUUUGGGGAUCCAGUGGUCAUGGGCAAGAACGGAACGGACAUUCAAGAUGGAAAAUGUACUUGGUUAGCUGUUGUCGCCUUGCAAAGAGCGAGUCCAGCUCAACGCCAACUCAUGGAACAAAUCUAUGGCAGCUCAAAACCUGAAGAUGUACAGAAAAUUAAAAAUCUAUAUGAAGAAUUACAAUUACCUCACACUUACUCCGUCUACGAAGAAGCGACAUAUGAUCUACUUAGAACCCAAAUACAACAAGUCACAAGGGGUCUCCCUCACGACUUUGCUCAACAGCAGAUACUUAAAAUGGCAACAAAUGCAUCAAUAUCAGAAUUGCAAAGGGAAAAGGAGACAUUUCAGGAUUUACUUCCAAAUGUUACAGAAACAUUACUCAAAGAAACAAGAUUCAAGAAUAUGCCAGAAGUGGCAAACUGGACCAAAGAGGUGCUAGAAUACAAUCUUCAAGGCGGCAAGAAAGCCCGAGGUUUGACGACCACGUUAGCAUAUGAAACGUUGGAGAGUCCUGAAAAUAUUACUGAAGAAUCUCUUAAACUCAGCAGAGUGGUUGGAUGGUGUGUCGAAAUGCUGCACGCCUAUUUCCUAGUAUUGGACGAUAUCAUGGACGGUUCGACAAAGCGUCGCGGAGUUCCAUGUUGGUAUCACUUGCCAAACAUCGGCUUAGGAGCCAUCAACGAUUCAAUUUUGAUCCACUCCGCUAUACACGAGAUAUUAAAACACUACUGCGGGCACAUGCCGCAAUACAGACUAAUAGUGGAUCUAUUUAAUGAGGCACUAUUGUACACAUCGAUGGGUCAACAUUUGGACUUCACGAUGGCUCACAGAAAUAAAAACGACUACAGUAUGUUCACACAAGAAAGAUACAGUUCCAUAGUUCAGUAUAAGACAGCGUACUACACGUACAAACUACCGGUCUGCUUAGGAUUGCUACUCGCUAAUAAAUUGGAUAAGGAAACUCAUAGGAAGGCUGAAGAGAUAUGUUUAGAAAUUGGACAUUUGUUUCAAAUGCAGGACGAUUAUAUCGACAAUUUUGGAGUUGAAAAAGUAACAGGUAAAGUUGGAACCGACAUUCAAGAAGGGAAAUGUUCCUGGCUUGCUGUACAAACGUUACAAAGGUGUAACCCUAAACAAAUGAAAGUGUUUAUAGCUUGCUAUGGAAGCCCUGAACCCGCUCACAUAGAGAGAAUAAGAAGAUUAUAUGAAGAAUUAGAUUUACAGUCGCUAUACCAAGAGGAAGAAAGGAGACGGUAUAACUCAGUGGUGGAACAAGUACGGAAACUUCCUAAAGAAACAUCUAUGUCCCCUGAUCUAUUUCUCAAGUUACUAGAUAUGAUAUAUGACAGAAAGAAUUAAUUAUUAAAAUAAAGUAAAAAAAAAAAUAUUUUUUAUGUACCUAUACUGUUGGAUUAAAAAAAUA